GCUACAUUUGCAGCGCUCACCUCUCCCUCCGGUCUCACUGUGGGCGUUGUUUCAAACCGACGGGUUGUGAAGGAACGUGGGAGCUGUCAUCUCCAAACCUCAUUUGCGGGAAGCGGCAUCAAGGCUGACAGUAACACUGUCGUUUCUAGCACAGAAAUGGCAAGUACUGGGAUUAUGUUAAUUUAAAUAUCACUUUUUGAUAGGUGCCUUCAUCAAAUUGCUGCUUCCAGUGAUCAAAUAUUUUUAGAUGUCUGAGUCGUAGGGUCUGGAGGGGAAUUUAGGAGAGCAUGUAAUCGGAUGACAACAAGAUGCAAGUCGGAUAUUGUUGUAUUUCUCUUGUACUCUAGAUGAAAAACGGAGUCUUUCGUCGGUAAGAAACAAAAAUCUGAUGGAUUAGCGAGUGAAAAAUAAUUUUGACUUAUAUUUAGUUAAUAAACUCUGGUUUGCCGGAAUUUUCGGGAUAUCAACAAAAAAAAAAUUUUCGUUUUUAAUUUAAAAUAUCAACGCAGUUUCGCUGUUUUCAACUGUAACGUUCUGCCGUUAGCCUGUAUUCCCAGCCGUUUUAACGAAAAGUAAUGUACGACCUGUAAAGCUGAUGCCAGGUCGUUUCACAGUGCCAGUUUUCUUCAACACAGAAGAGCCAAAGCAAUAGCAGUGCGCCCCGCGCCCCGGGGAAUGGAGACGAUCUAAGCACGGACUGCACGCGACACGGCGCAGCGCUUUCCUCGAGCCCGCCCGACAAGUUGGGACAGCGCCACGAUAAUGGCACGCGCUGCCGAGGCCGCCCGGGCAGGCUAGGGAACCCGCGAGGGAGCCUCCGCACGGUGUAGUGACUCGCGCCCUGAAAUGAAGCAAAAUGCUGCUGUGUGACAGAGGCGUUCAGAUGAUGAUCACCACCGUGGGCGCGUUCGCCGCGUUCAGUCUCAUGACGAUCGCGGUGGGAACCGACUACUGGCUGUACUCGAGGGGAGUGUGCCGGGUCAAGAGCAACAACGAAAACGAGACCAGCAGGAAGAACGAGGAAGUGAUGACGCAUUCGGGUCUGUGGAGGACCUGCUGUCUGGAAGGGACGUUUCGUGGCGUCUGUAAGAAGAUUGAUCACUUUCCAGAAGAUGCCGAUUACGAGCAGGACACAGCUGAGUAUCUGCUGCGGGCAGUUAGGGCCUCCAGUGUAUUCCCCAUUACGAGUGUUGGUUUGCUCUUCAUGGGAGGACUGUGUGUGGCUGCCAGCGAAUUCUACAGAACCAGACACAACGUCAUCCUCAGUGCCGGAAUCUUCUUCGUCUCAGCUGGGCUCAGUAACAUCAUCGGGAUAAUUGUGUACAUAUCUGCCAACUCAGGAGACCCCGGGCAAAGUGAUUCCAAGAAGAGCUACUCAUACGGUUGGUCCUUCUACUUCGGCGCGCUCUCCUUCAUCAUGGCCGAGAUGGUGGGCGUGUUGGCCGUGCACAUGUUCAUAGAGAAGCACCGCAAGCAGCGGGCCAAGUCGCGCACCGAGCUCAUCAAGAAAUCGGCGUUCGGCCGCAUCCCGAGCUACCGCUACCGCUUCCACCGCCGCUCGAGCUCCCGCUCCAGCGAGCCUGCGUCCCGCGACACCUCCCCUAUGGGCAAGGGCGGCUACAGUGGCCCUGCCAGCGGCGAUAUCUCCAUGUACACGCUGUCCCGCGACCCCAGCAAGGCCCCCGGGGGGACCUUGCUCAACUCGGAAAGGGAGUUCCUUCAGGCUCACAACUCCAACUCCAAGGACUUCAAAGACGCGGCCAGCCGGAGGACCACGCCGGUGUGACCCCUUCAUGGGGGGCGGCGGGGUUUAGGGGUGAAUCCAAGCACAAGACAAGUGCCAUGGCCAAGAUUUUACAACCAGAGACUUGGGAAGAAAAACCCCAGCGCAGGCAGUAGAAAAAAAUUUAAAAAAAUUAAAAUAAAUAAAUAAAUUUAAAAAUAUAUAUAAAUAUAAAUAUAUAUAUAUAUAUAAGGGUCACAGAUGUAGGGUAAAUAUAGGGUUAAUAGGUAGUUAUUGUUAGAUUAUUGGUGCUUCCUUUUAUUGUUCAUUUUUCAGUCCGUUUCUUUUGUUUUAACUGAGAGUGUAAUUGAACACACCCUCCUCCCCCUCUACCCCCAGGGGGCGACUGUUGCUGCUCAAAUUGAACAAGCAGACUAUACUUUCUUCAAUGUCACUCUUCAAUGAACUGCCACUGUUAUUCCUAAAAUGUGACAUGUAGACAGUGAAACUGUGAGAUACUAAACUUUUCCAAAGCCCUUUGGAAGUGAAGGAGGGGGCAGGGUAGAGUUUUCCGACAGCUGGACUGAAAGGCUGACCCUCGCCUGCCCUUCCGGAUAGGUGCCCUGUCCCUGAGAGUGCCUAUCCUCAUUCAGGAGGCUGUAAUCAGCAGCACUCCUUCCUGUCCUGGGCUGGGGGCUUUAACCGAACCCCCCCAGUACCAUCGACUCUGGGACUACGACAAGCCAUUGCCCGCUGUCAUCCUCGUUCCACACACACACACCCAAACGCAGUCUGGUCACCAUCCUCCUCCUCACACCAGUAAGCUGCUACACUAAGCUUGGCCUGACAUCACUCCUCCCAGCGCGUUCCUCACCAACACCGUCUUCACACUACUUAUCGUCACGGGGGUAUAAACGCUUGCUAUUAAACAUCGUCUUACACCCCACCUAAACUCCUGUAAUUACAUUUCUUUCACUAAUGUCUAAAAAAAAUAAGAAACUAGUAUUGCCAUUUAUUAGUAUGUAUAUUCUUAUCUUAAAUUAGUUCAGAUUUCAGAUGCUAUCAACAGAUUAGUGCGUGCCUGCCAACUGUAGACUUUCAUUUUGUAGAGUUAAUUUUGUAGAGUUUUAGAUAGAACCAGAAACAUAUUAGAUGUGUCUUCUGUACAUGUAGAUGUUGGUGGGGGUCAGGAGCUCCAUACAGACUGUAAGCAGUUCUCCACAGGAGAGUAGUGUCUGAUAUUGCAGAGGAACGGUAUCCGUGGACUCCACUGAGAAAUCUCUGGGACGUUAGAAGUUCCGAGAUUGAACUCAGAUGGGGUGAGACCCCCACAAGUUCUUCUAUUUUCUAAUCUCUAAUCUCCACACUAGCAUAGCACACAGACUCUACAAUCAAAAACACUA